AUAAACACCAUAUCCUUGAAAUAAUUGGUAUCGACAAACUUCCUAGAAAAUAAAAAGAGGCUUGAAAAAUGUGUUGGUUUUUCCUUAUAAUAAUAUUGUCCAGUUCCAUAGCUAUAGAUUUGUCAGAGGGUAGCCAUGCCCAUCAUCAUCAUCAUCAUCAUCGGAAGAAAUCUGCAGUUGUUGUUGGACGUGUGUACUGUGAUACUACAUGUUCCCAAGAGGAGUUCUCUAGGACCAGCCAUUUCAUUUCAGGUGCAUCAGUUGCAGUGGAAUGUAAAGAAGGGACUUCAAGGCCAGGUUUCGUGCAGGAAGUGAAAACCAAUGAGCAUGGUGAAUUCGAACUUCGAUUGCCUUUCUCAGUUAGCAGAAGGGUGAAGAAAAUCAAUGGAUGUUCAGUGAAAUUGAUUAAAAACAGUGAGCCAGAUUGUAAUGUGGUGGCCUCAAUACCGGCUUCGUCUGCACUCCGUCUGGUGUCGGGGAAGCAUGGAACUCGUGUGUUUUCAGCUGGGGCUUUCAGCUUCAAGCUUCUAAAACAACCAAACCUGUGUAGAACAAAACCAAAAGAAGCAAAUGGAGAAAAGGCUGUCCUUGGCCACCCUGAAUCAUUCUUUUUCCCUCCUCCCCUGUUUCCUCCGAACCCCUUUCAGCCUCCUCCGUUGCUUCCUCCCAUACUGCCACCACCAGCUCCACUUAUUCCAAACCCAUUUCAGCCUCCUCCAGCUCCACUUAUUCCAAAUCCCUUUCAGCCUCCUCCAGCUCCUCUUAUUCCAAACCCUUUUCAGCCUCCUCCAGCACCACCGGCUCCACUUAUUCCAAACCCUUUUCAGCCUCCUCCCGCACCACCGGCUCCACUUAUUCCAAACCCUUUCCAGCCUCCUCCCGCACCUCCAGCUCCAUUUAUCCCGAACCCCUUCCAGCCUCCUCCGGCACCUCCAGCACCUCCAGCACCAUGGUUUCAUCUUCCACCGAUUCCAGGACUAACUCCACCACCAUCGCCACCACCUCCACCUCCACCAACCUUCCCGUUUCCUCUUCCCCCAUUCCAUUUCCCACCUGUACCGCCUUUCCCUGGUAUCCCCCCUGCCUCUGCCUCUACUUCACCAAAGAAAUCCUCUCCUUAAUUGUAUACUAUAAGUAAUGAUUCUCCACUAAAACCUAUCACAAUCUAGCCACUCUUCUGAUGAUUAUGAAUUACAUAUGUAUAUCUUUUUUGUUCAUUACGAUUAUAAAUUAUAUGUACAGUUAAAUAAUCUACCUAAACAGUGUGGGCUUUCUCUUGGUUGUUUGUAGUGUGAUUGACUGUACCAUUGUCAAUAAGAAGGUCCCGUGAAUGUGACACAAUUAUUGUACUAUAUAAUAAAUCCAAUCCUGGGGUCAUCUGAUUCCAACAGGUUUAUUCUCUUUA